AUGGACAACCGACAACUACCAUAUCUAGAUCGUUACAGGAGGGCGAACACGACUGUCUCCACUAUCGAAACUAAAUCUCCAUUCGCAACCAGCCAACCAGAAGGAGAGACAGACAGCCCAUCCCAAGCUCCCUGGUAUAACCCACGAGGCUGGUCGCUGCGCAAGAAACUCAUCGCCAGCGUAACCGCGAUACUAGUCAUAUUAGCCAUUUUGACUGCAGUCCUAGUCCCAGUCGAAAUAACCCAAAACCAAUACCCAAACUACACACCUUUGAACUACACCAUCGCGGACACCUAUGCCGGCCCGACUUUCUUCGAACAAUUCACCUAUUUCACAGACGAAGACCCGACAAAGGGUUUCGUCGUCUACGUCAACAAAUCAACUGCAAGACAUCUGAACCUAACCUAUGCAACUGAGUCCUCGGCAAUCCUGCGCGUCGACGCAUCAACCCCAAACGCCCGUUCCGGUCGAAAUUCCGUUCGCAUUGAAUCGACAAAUACAUAUGAUUCAGGCCUUUUCAUCUUCGAUAUUAUUCAUACUCCCUUCGGCUGCGCGACAUGGCCCGCUCUGUGGUUAACCGAUGGUUAUAACUGGCCGGUGAAUGGCGAGAUCGAUGUCCUUGAGACUACCAAUAUUGGAAGCCACGGAAAUGAAGUCACCAUUCAUACUACAAAGGGGUGUAAGAUGGAUGUCAAGCGCAAACAGACCGGUCAGGCUAUCUUCAAGAAUUGCGAUAAUGUCACGAACGGGAAUUCAGGCUGUGGUGUCAUCGGUGAUGAGAAUACUUACGGAGAGGCAAUGAAUAACCGUGGCGGUGGUAUUUAUGCUCUUGAACUCCGUGACGCUGGUAUUAGGGCUUGGUUCUUCCCGAGUGGAAAUAUCCCUGCUGAUAUUACAGCGGGGAAUCCUGAUCCGAGUAGCUGGGGGAUUGCGCUGGCGGAUUUCCCGAGUACCAAUUGUGAUAUUGCGUCGCAUUUCAAGAAUCUCAGUAUCAUUGUCAAUAUCGAUCUCUGUGGGGAGCUUGCUGCUCAGACGCAGUAUUAUGAUACUUUGUAUCAUUGUCCGGCGACUUGUUCGAACUUUGUUGCUAGCAGUCCUGGCAGUUUUGUUGAUGCUUAUUGGGAGUUUAAGAGUUUCAAGGUUUAUCGUGCUUCUUGA